AUGUUUCCAUCGUGUUACUCCAAACAGGCGGAGGGCGGCGGGAAGCGCAGCUCCGUGGCCAAGCUGCUGCUCGGCGUGUUCGUGGUUUAUUCGCUGCACACCGGCUGGCUGCUGUACGGUUUCCUCAACACCAAACCCUGCGACGGAGGCCGAGGAGAGAACUGCAUCAGCUCGUACCUGGCAGCCAGACCCAGACUGCAGAUGAGCGUCUUCACCUGCCUGCUCCCUGAUAACAGCCCGCUGCAGCUCGCCGUCGCCGUAGACCCGUUUGACCCUCAUUCUGCCUUCCAGAGGCAGGUGAACAUUUCUCUACCGGAGGAGACUCGAGCUAACGGGACUCUGUUCGCUGUAGUUUACGUCCAUAAAGCUGGAGUUUCACCGCUGGAGGACAGCAGAGAGGUUCACUACGCCGCUCAGCUCACCACCUACAUCCUCCCUCCACAUGCUGAGGUACGACAGAACCAGAUACCUAGGCCCAGAUCUGAGAAUCCAGUGUCCCAUUGGAGGCCCCUCCUGUCAAUCACGAUGAUGUCAGAGGACUUCACCUUCAACAAGGCGGGGCUUCCCAGUGAUGUCCGACGCUACAUGAGAGUCUCUCAGGACGGCCGACAGAUGAUCUACCUUCCUCUGCUGCUGGUCAAUGAGCUCAGCUGCAGAGUCAAGGACCUGGUGGAGAUCAGCAGCAGCUCUGCUCAGCUGCCUCUCACUGUGUCCUAUGAAGGAAUCUCUCUGAGAGGAUUCAGGUUCUGGGUCCACCUGCAGGACAUGGUUUAUUCCCUCAGACAGUUUGGCUUCACGGAGGAGAACAUCGAUGAGAUUAAAGAAACUCUGCUUGGAUCCAACCUUUACCUGUUGGUGCUGACUGCACUCGUCACAGCUCUGCAGCUCAUCUGUGAAUUUCUGGCUUUAAAAAACGACAUCAGCUCGUGGAGGAAAAAGAAGAGCAUGGCGGGAAUGUCGAGGAAGUCAGUUCUGUGGCGAAGCCUCAGCACUCUGCUGAUCUUCCUCCACCUGCUGGAGGAAACCAGUCUGCUGGUUCUGCUGCCGGUCGGACUGGGAGCCUCUGUGGAGGUGUGGAAGCUGUUCAAAGUGUUUAAGAUCCAGCUGCUGUGUAAAAGCAACAAGCUGCAUGUGAACAAACUGGAUGAGGAGGAGAGGAGGACGGUGGAGUUUGAUGCUCAGGCCUGCAGAUACCUGUCCUACCUGGUCUAUCCUCUGUGCAUCAGUGGAGCUGUUUUCUCUCUGGCCUACUUACGCCAAAAGAGUUAUUACUCCUGGUUGAUCAACAGCCUGGUGACUGGAGUUUAUGCUUUUGGCUUCCUGUCGAUGGUCCCUCAGCUCUUCAUCAACCACAAGCUGAAGUCUGUGAGUCACCUGCAGGGGACAGUGUUGAUGUACAGGGGAGUGAACACGCUGAUUUCAGAUCUGUGCUCCUUCGCCUCCUUCUUCUCCUCCUCUGGAGCUUUCUCCUCCUCCCAUCAGCUCUCCUGCUUCAGAGACGAGCUGCUGUUCCUGCUCUACCUCUACCAGCGAAGACGUUUCCCCUUCAAACCCAGAAGAAGAGAAUCUGUUCCUCACAGCAAGAAGGUGAAGACUCAGUGA